CUCUGACCAUAAUAUUGAAAUUAGCUGAGAAGUUCACAGGCCGACGAUCAAGACGUUUGCCUAUCUCAAGCUUAAGGUUUACUGGUUAUGUUGACCUGCAUGUUGCCUCAUGCCGUGAAGUCAACUUGUUACAUAAGUGACUUUGUGAAUCGAAUCCUCGAAUCCCGCACUGGUCCUCGCAUAUAUAUGCCCAAUUGAUGAAUUGGCUCUCUACUCUGGCAUCAACACUGCGACCAGUUACUUCUGGCAACGUUGAAGAAAGCACACCUUCUUCUGAUAAAAGCGCGGUGACCGAGACAGGAUGGGGAGUAGUGAGAAAGUCACUUUUUGACAAGUCAUCACAAGUCGCGGGCGCGGUAUACGGCCAAGGCGCUGCAACAGUUGGCAGCCUGACGGAAAAACUUGGAUCAUUACCUGCUUCAGCAUACAUGUUGUACGGUGGAUUGCCCUUUCCAAGUGUUGGAAAGUCCUGCUGGGACAAGGCUGCAGGCUUCGCUCCAAAUACCAAGGGUUGUACAGAUGAAUUUUUCCAGCGUGCCAGGGAAUUCUAUCCCUCCGACAAGAUAGCAGAAUUGAGGGCGGCUGUAGAUAGUGUCGUCGGCACAGCCACGACACUCUACCAAGUCAUCAAAGAAGCCGCAGAACAACGCGGCAUUCCUCUCUGCACCGUAUUAAAAGACCUUGGAAACACCUUCAGUGUCUUAUUUGAGGAGCUCAAGGAACGGUUUCCGCCACCCGAUGAAGCUCCCGGUCAUGAAGAGCGCAUGAACAUGAUGAACACGGUUCUCGAUCGUGUCGAGGAGUGUUUUCUGCAGGUCGCCGGCAAACUCGGAGUGAGCAAUGAACUUCUCCGAAGUCUCACAGGUUCCCUCAAGACUGGGGUCAAACACGUUGUCGUGACCAUUGGAGACGUUAGCGAGCAGCAUCCAUACCUCGUGUGGGCCCUUUCGGGCAUUGUGAUUAGCAUGCUAUUUGCCGAAGGGAUUCUUCUCACGAUUCUCCGCGUUGUUGGGUUUGGACCUUUGGGACCAAUGAAGGGUGGAAUUGCUGCAUGGUUGCAAGGGUGGUUAUUUGGCCCCGCUGUGCCAAAGGGCAGCUGGUUCGCGAUGCUUCAGCGCUUCGCUAUGAUGGGAGGAGCGCGGCUGUAGAACUGUACAUGAUUUCUGACGCUUGAAGUUCGCUUGUUGCGUCAGCGGCAUAUAUCCAUGAUAGGUAGCGAGUACCCAUGAGGUGAAAUUAAUGUUCGACACAGCCCUCCGAGCAACCCAGGACCCACCAUUUACUUCGGUCCUUUUGCAAGACCUCUGAUAUCAGUUCUCAGUUUGCUAAUACCAAGCAUCAUUAUCUAGAUCGAUUGGGUCACGCACUCUGUUUUUCGUGACUCAAGAUUGGACACAUUGACUUCACAGUUUCUCAUGUCGGCACUUGCUUAUGACCUGCCAAAAUGACGCACAAUACAUCCCGCAAUUCUGUUGAAUCUUGCACUGUCACAGUAAC